AUGUCUGUUAUAAACAUUGUCACAUGUUUGCAUCCAAAAUGCUGUGCGUAUGACCCAAUAACGGAAACACUGAUAAACACUAUGUUAUUUGAUUAUCCAACGGCUCCAUGUGGAUAUUAUUGCAUUAUGAGGAUAUUAUUUAAACUUGAUGAUUUUAAAAAACAAUUAGCUAAUAUACAAACAUCAAUCGUUGAACUCGAAGCCUGGUAUAGUCAUAUAAAUAAUCAUCGAAAUCAAUAA